GCCACUCUUCAUGCUUAAAACAUCAAACAUACUCUUUCUCUCUCUUUCUUUCUCUUAAUCUUGUUACUAUCUCUUCCAAAAAACAGGGGAAGUAAACAAAAAACAUAUAUAUAGAGAGAAAAUAUGGCUCAACCUGAAAUUAAUAACUGUUCUAAUAUGGAUAUGGAAAUGGGUAAAGAAAGUGUUUUUGAUGCAUGGGAUUACAAAGGUCGUCCUGCUGAUAGAUCCAAGACUGGUGGCUGGAAAAGUGCUGCCAUGAUCUUAGGAGGUGAGGCAUGUGAAAGAUUAACAACACUUGGAAUAGCUGUUAAUUUGGUGACCUAUUUAACAGGAGUCAUGCAUUUGGGUAAUGCUGCUUCUGCUAAUACCGUGACUAAUUUUAUGGGCACUUCUUUCAUGCUCUGCCUUCUUGGCGGUUUUAUUGCUGACACCUUCCUUGGACGGUAUCUAACCAUUGCUAUCUUCGCCACGGUGCAAGCAUUGGGUGUGACAGUAUUGACUAUAUCAACCAUAAUCCCAAGUCUCCGACCACCGGCAUGCAAGCCUGAGUUUGGCUCGUGUACUCCGGCCUCGGACACGCAGCUAGGGGUGCUCUACCUAGCAUUGUACCUAACGGCGCUAGGCACAGGCGGCGUUAAGGCUAGCGUUUCCGGAUUUGGGACGGAUCAAUUUGAUGAGACUAACAAAGGAGAGAAAGGCCAAAUGAUAAAAUUCUUCAAUUGGUUCUUUUUCUUCAUAAGUUUAGGGUCACUAGCAGCCGUGACAGUUUUGGUGUACAUCCAAGAUAAUAUGGGUAGGCAGUGGGGAUAUGGCAUAUGUGCUUGCGCUAUCAUGUUGGCUCUUGUGGUCUUCCUAUGCGGCACAAGACGUUACCGUUUUAAGAAGCUUGUAGGCAGCCCCUUGACUCAAAUUGCUGCUGUUUUUGUUGCUGCUUGGAGGAAAAGGCACAUGGAAUUACCCUCUGAUUCAUCACUUCUUUUCAAUAUUGAUGAUUUGGCUGAUGGUGGUAAACAUAAGAAGCAAAGAUUGCCUCAUAGCAAAGAAUAUAGGUUUUUGGACAAGGCAGCAAUAAAGGAUCCUCAAAUGCCAAUAGUAGUUACUAAGGUGAACAAAUGGUACUUGCUAACAUCAACUGAUGUAGAGGAGGUGAAGUUGGUCAUUAGGAUGCUUCCAAUUUGGGCUACAACCAUAAUAUUUUGGACAAUUUAUGCUCAGAUGAGUACAUUCUCAGUCUCACAAGCCACAACAAUGGACCGUCACAUUGGAAAAUCUUUCCAAAUUCCUGCUGCAUCACUCACAGUUUUCUUUGUGGGUAGCAUUCUAAUUACUGUCCCAAUAUAUGACCGUGUGGUUGUACCAAUCGCCUCAAAACUCCUUCAUAACCGUCAGGGACUAACUCCGCUACAAAGAAUCGCGGUUGGCCUAGUUUUCUCAAUAAUCUCCAUGGUAUCAGCUGCCCUUGUUGAAAUCAGACGUUUGAAAGUUGCAAAAGAUGCAGGGUUGGUUAACAACCCUUACGAGGUUGUCCCAAUAAGUGUGUUUUGGCUUAUACCACAAUUUUUCUUUGUGGGUGCUGGGGAAGCUUUCACAUACAUAGGCCAACUUGAUUUUUUCUUAAGGGAGUGUCCUAAGGGAAUGAAGACUAUGAGUACAGGGCUAUUUUUAACAACACUUUCCCUAGGGUUUUUCGUUAGCUCGGCCCUUGUCACAGUGGUGCACAACAUUACUGGUGACAAGCAUCCAUGGAUAGCUGAUAAUUUGAACCAAGGAAGGCUUGACUACUUCUAUUGGUUGCUAGCAGGAUUGAGUGUGGUAAAUUUUCUAGUGUAUUUGGUAUUUGCUAAGUGGUACAUUUACAAGGAAACACGACUAGCUGAGGAAGGGUAUGAAGUGGAAGAAGAUGAUGGUCCUGCUUGUCACUAGUGUCAUGCCUUAAAAAAGGGUGGCACAACGUAUUAGAUUCACAUAAUUUUUGCGGGGUUUUUUUUUUCUUAUCUAGAUUUUUACGUUGUGUGCUCUUGUAAUAUUGAAAUCAUACUACUAAUUUUUGCUUUUGUAAAACUUUGCUAUGUACGUAGAAGUGGUGCCCGUGCAACAAAAAAAAAAGGUGCACCAAAAAGUAAUGGUAGAUAUAUGUAUUUCGUGAAAGUGGGAUGAUGUAAAGCUUUUGUUGCAAUCAGCAGAUGAAAUCUGCUGGCUUGACCUCUUUAUUUCAUAGACUUUGUACUUUUGGGAAGAAUGACGAGUGCAAAGGCAAAUAAUGCCCUAAGCCUUCACAUAAAUAAAAUUUAAAAGUUUGCUUAA